UCAACAUGAAAUUCCUGCAAACCGGACGAGGAGGAGGAGGAGGAGGAGGAGGAGGAAGCAGAGAAGACCCAUUACGAAGACAGAUAACCGAGGAAGUGCUGCUGGAGGAAGAGGAAGAGGAGGAAGAAGAGGAGGAGGAAGAGGAGGAAGAGGAGGAGGAAGAGGAGGAGGAGGAGGAGACGAGCAUCGGAGGAAAGAUCUUCUACAAAGUGAACGAUGAUAAUGUUGGACCUGAGCUGCUAAUGGAGGUGUGUGUGGAGCGCGGCUGGCGGGUGUGGGAGGGCGGUGAGGAGUGGGCCGCGUCUUGGCACAUGUGGUGGAGACACUCCUUCCCCUCAGGUGUGUACCGGCGCCUCAAGCCCCACCAGGUGGUUAAUCACAUUCCGCGCGCCAAUGGUCUCUGCAGGAAGGACAGCCUCGCGCGAGCUCUACAGAAGAUGAGACACGUAUUCGGGGCCCUCUACGACUUCAUACCAGCCACUUUCCUUCUUCCUUGCGAGUACACGAAGUUGGUUGCGGAGUACACGCGCCUCACCUACCACCACCAGCACCACCACAACCACCACCACCACCACUCCACCGCCGCCAACACCACCACCGUCACCACCACCGCUACCACCACCACCUCCAUCACCUCCUCCGCCUCCCCCGUUGCGCCAUCCACCACCUCGGCUGCCAAUGGUGGAGGUGGCGGUGGUGGCGGUGGUGUGGCUACUGUGACAGGCCGCCCCCCCGCCCUCCAUCCACACGCCCCCCACAACAUCUGGAUCUGCAAGCCUAUUGGAAGCUCGCAAGGGAGGGGCAUAUCCAUUUUCCAGGAUCUGCACGAACUCAGCUACACUUCGAGCGCCGUGGCCCAGCGGUACAUCGGGAACCCUCUCCUGGUGGGGGGCUACAAGUGUGAUGUUCGCCUCUACGUCUGUGUGACCUCCUUCCUGCCGCUCACCGUCUACAUGUACACCGAGGGCAUUGUCAGGUUUGGCACGGAGAAGUAUAACCUGGCGUCGCUGGACAACCCCUACAGCCACCUCACCAACACCUCGCUCAACAGACUGGCGCCGGGCUACAGGAAGGAGAAGGACAGAGUGGGCGCAGGGUGCAAAUGGACGGUGGGGGAGCUGAGGCGACAUCUGCGUGGGAGCGAGCGCGGGGACUGGCUUAUGUGGCAAAGGGUAUGGGUGCUGGUCUGCCUCACUCUGCUUACCCAGGUGGGCCACGUGCCUCACCACCACAACUGCUUCGAACUCUACGGCUUCGAUAUCCUGGUGGACGAGAUGUUGCGACCUUGGCUGCUGGAGGUCAACCGCUGUCCGUCGCUGACCCAUGACUGCCACGUGGACAGGAUCGUCAAGAAACCCCUCCUGCACCACCUCUUCGACCUGGUGGGACCCCCGAGAGUUCCAGAGCCCCUCACACGCCCCCUUCGCCCACCAUUCCUCCUCCUGCUCGCCCGGAAACACAGCCAGUCCCCCCUCUCCGCCGCCUUCCAGCUCAACCGAUACCGACGCCUCAUAACAGGGUGUAGCCGGAGCAGCAGAUGCCUUCCUAACUGCGAGGGGUGUGAGGUGGGCAUGUGCAGCCGGAGAUGUGGGCACAGCAUCCCUAACGCGAACCAGAACAUCAGAGGAAGCCGAUACAGGAACGCUCUCACCACCAAACCCGGUAGGACCCCCAGCACCACCACCAGCACCGCCACUCCCGCCACCAUACGCAAGCAGUACAGCACCAGUAGCAGCAGCAGCAGUACCAGUAGCACCCCCAGCAGGGACGGUAGGGGGAUGAAGACUAGCGGGAGUGGCGGUAGUGGUAGCAGUAGUAGAAGGUGUAAGAAGGUGAAUAUGAGAGAUGGGAGAUGGCCGGCCAGAUGCGGGGAGUGGGUGAGGAUCUUCCCGUUCAAUGCCGCAAGCUUACACGCGGGCAAGGACCCAGCUUACCUCAAAACGGGGAUAGGGGAGCUCACCAAGUACAGGAGAGCUUGUGAGAGGGCCGCCCGCUCCCACCCCCCGCUCACGCCCCCCGCCACCCUGGAGAGAGCUGUGAGAGUGAACAUGUGGAGGGAUACGGUACUGUGGGCGCCCCCUGUGUAGAGAGAGAGAGAGAGGGGGAGAGGAAAGGAAAAUGGAAGGAUGUGUGCUCGUGAAUGUUCAUUGUGUGUGUGUGUGUGUGUGUGUGUGUGUGUGUGUGUUUUUCUUUUGUUUUCUCUUUCUC